ACCUUGCCCCCUCGGUGUGACGGUCAUGUCGACGACAGUCAAGUCCGAUCUCGCCGAUCGGUAUGCUCGCCUCACCGACCCAACGGCCGGGCUCAGCAUGGAACAGCUUCAAGCCAUGUCCGUGCAAGAGCUGGGCGAUUUCCAAGUGGAUUUCGGCCGUGCCAUGAAAAGCCGCAAGUACAUCGAUGUGGUCGAGAACGAGUCAGAUUGGGUGAAGUGGAUGCUGUCUCACAUGACUGGCAGCGAGAAGAGAUGCCAUCGCAUCUUCUUCCUCUUUCUGGAGAAAUACACAGCCGAGGCAGAGACGAUCGAAGGCGCACUCCGUGGUGGCGAUCCUCCGAGCGAUCGCGACCUAGACGAGCCCACAGCGCGGAACACGAAGGUCCGCCCAAAGAGCAAAGCAGCCCCUCGAAACGCCGUGGCUGCCUCCAGUUCCAGCGGUCUCGAUCAGUGGGAUGUCAUCGCCGAGACAUCCGAUGCAGCCCCACCGCUCGACAAUCAGGUGACGGCCAUGGCAACCCGUCUCACUCAGCUGGAACAUGUGAUGGAGCAAGUGCUGGUUGCUUUGCAACAGAUCACGCCUCCUCCAGUGUGGCAACCUGUGUUCGAUUUGGCAGCUCGCUGUGCUCAACAAGCCAAUGCCCUCAUUGCACCCCAAAGCCACCUUGCUAAGGGAAUCCAGGAAGCACUAGACUUGCAUGGCAUAGAGGUUCUACAAGCGUUUGUGGGUAAGAAAAUCCGCAAUCUCCAAAGUCCCCUAGGAAAUGAGGAUCGCUCCAACAUGUCUGCAGAGCGUAAGAAGCUAAGGGUCGGGGUGCAUGAAAUCCUGAUCACUGUGUUUGGCCGCAAACGGGGCCCACCUGCAGCAGCUGAAAGGGCCAGUCCGCCCGACGAUGUCCCCGGUGGAUCGGGGGAAAGCCAACCUUCGCGGCCUGAUCUUGAGGGAUGGGCACCGCCACCAACCCCCAUACAUGGCCCAGCCUUUCGUAACCUAGACAAAGCCGCCAAGAGUCAGCUAGUCCGCAUCCAUAACAAUCUAGGCCACCCCUCACCCGAGACUCCAGCAAAGCACCUCAAGGCUGCAGGUGAAGAUCCCGUCCUAGUCCAAGCAGCUUUAGAUUAUCAGUGCGAUGCAUGUCUCGAGUCCACUGAGCCCCGCCAUCAACGGCCAAGUAAGCUUCCCGAAGUCUUGGAAUUUAACGACUUACUCGGGGUAGAUGGUUUCUUCUUCAAGGGUCGAUCGGGGUACCGGUCCUAUGUCCUUCAUGCUCUGGACGAGGCAAGCUGUUUUCAUCUGGGUCGCCGUGCCCUCUCCCGAGGCACGAAGCACGCCACCACGACGUUGGCCGAGCUCUGGUUUUCAUGGGCAGGAAACCCCCGGAAGGUUUACUUAGACCCAGCAGGUGAAUUCAGGUCCGAAGAAAUCCUAGACCAUUUUCAGAGCUUGAACAUUCGCACUUUUGUUACUGCAGCAGCCUGGCAAAGGGGGAGACUAGAACGUCAUGGUGACAUAGUCAAAGACAUGUUAACCCGCCUAGAUACUCAGAGCCCUUUGGUCAAUGAUGAGCUGUUUGAUCAAGCUUUGCUGCAAGCCUUCCAAGCCAAGAAUGCCCUUGUCCGUCAUCGAGGUUAUGCUCCUGAGCAAAUAGUCCUUGGUAAGUCUUUGAGGGUCCCCGGGAGUAAUUCCUCUGACGAGGAUUUAGGAGCACACUCAGUGCUGGAGGGCACAGACUUGGAAGCUGAGCUUCAGCGUCAGCGUCUCGACGUCCGAUGUCGCGCUCGGCAGGUUUUCUGGGAAGCCGAUAACAACCAGACCAUCCGGAGAGCCCUACUUAGACGUAGUAAUCCUGUCAGGGGCCCCUACAAACCUGGUGACUGGGUCUUGUAUUGGAUGCGUAAGGGUUCCCCAAAUCGGCUUGCAGCCGGCCGCUGGCAUGGACCAGCCCGUGUGAUUUCCCAAGAAGGCCAAUCGAUCACCUGGAUUUCCCAUGGGACGAUCAUUUUAAGAUGUGCCCCUGAAAACCUCCGUCCUGCAAGCUUGCGCGAGUGGCAACAAUUGUCGGCCAGUGACCAAGGGGAGAUCACCCGGAAUGCCGGAGGUGCCAGCUCCUUCACUGCUCCCCCGCGAUCUUUGGCAACAGGUGAGAUCCCAGUUCCGGUUUCCAUAACUGUGCCCCCGAAUGGCCCACCUGUGCCUCCUGCAGAUGAAGACAUUGCGCAGCCUGAACAGGAGUUGACUCCUCAAGUUUCCCACAAUCCUGAAGAUCCCGCUGUUGUUCGUGAAGUUGAGCGCGCAGCUGGCCCUCUGCCAAGUAGUGCAGCUCCUUCCCUAAUCCCGAAUUCAAAUCUUGAUGCAACUUCCGCUCCUCCAGAGCCCACUGUUCCCGGAGAUCCUGCAAUGCUCGAAAGUGUUAACAUACCUGUGCCAGACUCCGAUGAUGGUUUGAUCGUCGAGGCUGGAUCACCUUUCGUGCCGGAGGAAGCUCUGUGUGGAGAAACAGUACUGAUGGCCAGCUCUGACAGAGACUGUGGUCUGUCAACGUUUCUCACCUUGCAGCCCGGGGCCUUUUGCCUGGAGAUUCCUUUGAAAGCCAAGGUUAAUGUAAAAGAUUUAACUCCCCACGAGUUGCAACUGUUUGAAAAGGCAAAGGAAAAGGAAAUCCAGUGCUGGAUCCAGACGUCUGCCAUCAAAGCAGUGCUUCGACGGCGCCUGAACCCCGAGCAAAUCCUUCGGAGCCGUUGGAUUUUAACGUGGAAGAGUCCCGAACCCGGAGAGGACCAGCGUAGAGCUAAAGCUAGGUUGGUAGUCCUAGGUUUUCAAGACCCAAAGCUAGUCGAUGUCAUGCGGGAUGCCCCUACGUUGUCAAAGGAAGGCCGUGCCUUGGUUUUACAAACCAUCUCUUCCAUGAAGUAUGAGCUAAGUUCUUUUGACAUCAAGACUGCCUUUCUUCGUGGCAAAGCUGAUGAGAACAAUCCUUUAGCGAUGGAACCCCCGCGAGAGCUCCGUCAAGCUCUGGGACUUCAGGAGGAUGAGGUGUGCCAGUUGCUAGGCAACGCAUAUGGCAGGGUGGAUGCCCCCUUGCUGUUCUACAAGGAGCUGUCACAACAGUUAUACCAACUGGGUUUCAUUCGCCAUCCUCUUGAACCUUGUGUUUUCCUGUUGUACACUGGAACCGUUUUGAAUGGUAUUCUUGGGGUUCAUGUAGAUGAUGGUGUUUGUGGUGGGGAUGCAAAGUUUAGUCAAAAGAUACAGGCCCUUCAGAGUAAGAGUAAGUUACCUUUUGGUAGUCGCAAACACCGAAACUUCGUCUUCACCGGCAUUCACCUCGAGCAAUUUCCAGACUACUCAAUUCGAGCGUCUCAAGGAGAGUACGUAAGAAACAUUCAGCAGAUUGACAUUGGUCGAGCCCGCCGGAUGCUCCCAGAGGCAGCUGUGACUGAGGAUGAACGGUCCAAACUUCGAGGUUUGAUAGGAUCGAUGCAAUAUGCCGUCACCCACACAAGGCCUGACAUGGCAGCCAAGUUGGGUGAGAUUCAAGGUCAAGUCACCAAGGCGACCGUUCAGACCCUGCUGUCAGCCAAUAAGGUAUUGCGUGAGACUCAGGAGCAAGCCGAGGUAUGCAUCUACUUUCUACCCAUAAGUCCCCAAGAGUUAACUUUCGUUUCCUUUGGUGAUGCUUCCUUCGCUUCUUCGAAAAAUCUCAAUUCGCAUCAGGGCGCCAUUGUGUGCGAGCACCGAACCACCUUGGAGGUGCUGUUGAUCAAACAGCGAUGUGCCGAAAAUGCAACUUUCCGUUGGAUUCCAACCACUCUUCAGGCAGCUGAUUGCCUCACUAAAGCUAUGGACUCCACUUUAUUACGAACGGUCCUAUCUCAGGGUCGGUUCAAACUCUAUGAUACUUCAAAGACCCUUGAGAAGGAUGCCCAACGUCGUCAGGCCAUUGCUUGGUUAUCACAGCCUUCCCAGCUUUCUCCGUGA